CGUUUUAGCAGCUUAGGUAAUUACUUCCUCCGGUCAGAGGACACCAACAUGGCCGCUGCCUCGCAGCUGUAACAUUCACGUCUCAAUGUUAAAUUAUAGCGUAGCUUUCAAACCCAAAUGCUGUUGUUAACUCUUAAAUUAAGCGACUAAGAACGCGCACCUGUUGCCACCUUUCGACGCCGACAUGUUCCAGGUAAUCGGCGGGAGGAGCGUCCAGGCGGCUCGGCUCCUUGCACCCAGGAGCGCCGUGCUCGUGGAGGCUGUGCGGGGAAGAAAGUCCCGCACCGACCCGGUAGCCAAGUCCAAAGAAGGGCGAAUCAAAGUGCCUCCCCCGGUCGAUCCGGUGGAGAUGGUCGUCCUCAAGGAGAGAUUCUCGGAGUACCAGCUGAUCAUAAGGGCGCUUCGCCUGGAGUUUAAGGAGGAGGUGCUUCGAAAGAAGUACGAGGAGGAGGCGGGCUCCAUGGCGGAGGAGAGGGUGAGGCAGGAGGUGGAGGAGCAUCGCGCCCUCAUGGCCUGGAACAACCAAGAGAACCUCCGCUUGCUCAAACUCAGGAUAGAGAGGAUCCAGAAGGAAAAGGAGGAAGCUGAGCGUAAGCAGGUGGAAGCUGUCAUCCAGCAUGAACAAAAACAGCAGCAAUUCAUUGAAGAAAAAGAGAGGGAAAUUUUGCAGUUGCAGGAGGAUGCAAAGAACUUCAUCACUUUGGAGAACCUGGAUCAGCGUAUAGAAGAGGCUCUGGACAAUCCAAAGAACUACAACUUUGCCAUCGACAAAGAUGGGAGGGUUGUUAAACAGACAAUGCUGCAGUGAAACACUGGACCCCCCAACCCGCAUGUGUCCGUCUCAGAAGACAAACAAAGACAGAUGAACAUUCAGCCCGGAUUUUGUUCAAACGUGAGGCUUUUUCAUUAGCAGAUAACUUCUCAUGUCAUCAGAAAAGUCUGAUCUUGAGUUCAGUAUUUCCAUCUGUACCUGGAUAUGAGAUGAGAACAGUUCAACCGUGAGGCACCUGCUGCCUUUUAUAUUUCAUGUUUGAGUUCAUCCCCACAUGUUCUCCUGAUCAUUACCACCUUUUUAUUAUACGUAUGUAAUAAAUUUUUUGAGUUUCCGCUAAA